CUAAUCAGCUUAUAUUUUUAGAUGAAGCUUCUAAGGAUGAAAGAUCAUUAUCACGAAAAUAUAGAUAUUCAUUUAGAAAUACUCGUGCAGUUCAAAAAACUGUGUUUAUACGUGGAAAGAGAUUUAUAUUACUGCCUGCUUUAUCACUAGAUGGAAUAAUUGCUGUUGACAUAAUUGAAGGAACUUGUACCAAAGAGCGAUUCAAACAAUUUAUUAUUAAUCAAGUGCCAUAUUCACAUGCUAAUAGUGUGCUUGUACUUGAUAAUGCGCGUAUUCACCAUAACUCUGAGCUAAUUAAAUAUAUUGAAGCAUUUGGUUAUAAAAUAGAAUAUUUACCUCCUUAUUCACCAGAUAUGAAUCCGAUAGAAACUGCAUUUGCUUAG